GGGCCAGGUCCUGUCGGCAUGGCAGUGCGGGCAGCCCUGCUGCUGGGGCUGCUGCUGGUGGUUCUGUGCCCUGGGGAUGCAGCCAUCCUGGAAGCCAACGGCAACCUGAACUGCCGCUGCGCCAAGACCACCACUGCCUUCAUUCCCUUGCGGAAAUAUGAGAGCGUCGAGGUGCGGCCGGUGGGGAGCAGCUGCCGGCGCCUGGAGGUGUUGAUUAAACUAAAAACCCUCGAGAGGAUCUGUGUGGAUCCCAACACCCCCUGGGUGAGGAAGCUCCUGCAGGACCUCCCGAAGCUGAAGAAGAAAGCUGCUCCCCAGUGAGGCCUGACACGAUGGCCCCAUGAGCCACACUCAUAGCUGGACACCCCGCACCCCACCACUGCUUCUCCCCCAGUCCUGAGGGCAUUUUCUCCUAUUAUGUAUCCGUGGAAAGGCAGAGGCCUUUCCCCAGCUCCAUAGUGAUGCAUCCCACAGCUCCCCAGCGCCAGCAACAACUGAGAUGUCUCCUCCGAGCACGAGACACUGAGGUCUAAUAAAGGCAGCAGCCAUCCCUCAUUUACCAUCA